GCUGUAAAAUGGUGGUCUGUCAGGCACUCACGUAAAUAGGGCGGGGAGUUUACAUCGCCGUUCGGGUUUUCGUUCGGUACGUAAAGUUUUUGUGAAAAUACGUCAAAAAUUUCCAUUCUGGAUGAUAUAAUAAAAGUGUCCGGUAUCUAAACAGUAAAGAAUUGGGAUUCCUAUCGAUCCCAAAACUUGAAAUGUGGCUCAUGAUACGUGUGCGUGUGUGAAAAUGUGUCCGUGACAAUCGAAGGUAAACAAUUGUGACUCGCGCUCCAUCUCUCUCUUGUUUUUUUUAAACUAUCAGUGCGGUAUUUCACGAUAAUGUUUUUUGAACAAACUCCAUGAAUUGUGAUUGAAAAACGUAUUGUUCUGUUACGGUUACUAAUAAUUUUCUUUCCUUUUUUCCCCCCAAUCAUGAACUAAGGACGGGAACAUCUCUUCGUCUUUGCUGAGGGUAAAUCGAUGGUAUUGUGAUUGGGUGGACGAAGGCGCAGGACUCAAGUUAACACCACGUUGUAUUGGACACAGUGUACCGCGAGAUCCUGUGCGGAAUUGUUCUGUGGGGCUCUUGGUGCGUCGGGGGCCCCCACAUAAAGACUGUGUUAUAGUGCCAAAGAUGAUGAGCGAAGCAGGCGAGUAGUCGGAGGUACUCCAUAUGAAAAACGCAGCGAUGACGAAGAGGACUUCUGUCAAUAAGAAGGCGAAGGAAAUAGUGCGAAAGAAGAAAAAGAAAGACCUGGAGCAAUCGAUGAACGAGACUAUCUCGUUUGUCAUCAAAGGAAAGUUAACCCCGCUGAAACCUAUGGAGAACGCAAAGUUUAAGAGGUUGAGGAAAAAAAUACCGCCAAAAUUACAAGAGCACAAAAUCAAAUAUAUAAAGCAAAAGAAAAAAGUUUGCCGAAUACGAAAGCAACAGAAAGAAUCCCCGAAUCAAGAUGAGAAGAAACAAACGAGAAGCGGAAAAUCAGGUCCAAAAGUUGAGACAGCCGGAAAAAGCGAAGAAAAAGAUCUGCCAAGCCUUAAAGCACAAAAUCCAAAACGAAAAUCAUCAAAACCAACGGAAUCUUCCAAAACCAUCGCUUCGCAAAAGAAGCAAAAAGUUAAAGACCAAAAAGGGGACGAGGAAUCAUCAAAAUCAGAAAACCCGGGAUUACCCGAAAAAAAAGCCAAUAAUAAACCAACAAUCAAAAAGGAAUGUAAAAAGAUUUUAGUGACCGCAAAAACCUUCGGGACCAACACAUCAUCAAAAACCACACCCAACAAAAAAAUAUCAAAACCAAAAGAAAAAAGCAAACCAGACCAAAAAAUCGCUCCUAAAAAGAAAACACCUGUUUCUGUUUCUUCCCCAAAAGAAUCUCAACCCACGACGGAUUUAACGCCAAAAAAUGACGAACCACCAAAAAUAAAAAUUGAACCUGUCGAAGAAACGCCCACAAUCCCAACUGAAAAUAUUGAAGAGAAACAGAUUGAGAAAGAAACUGAUAAUAUCAGUAUCGAAGAGGCACCAACAAUUAAGGAAGAACCAAAACACGACGAUGAAUCCAUUCCGUUAUCUGUUACUGACGAUGAACGCAAAACACCAAGUCCCAAACCAAAGAAAAAAGCCCCCACAAAAUCAUCUAAUAAAUCCAAGUUAAGUCCAAAAGAUGAGCAAAAAAAGAAAAUGAAACUUUUUUCAUUAUGGAAUGGCCCAAAAAGACAUCGCGUCGCUUCGUUGAACGCGUUAGCAAAAGUUCAUUGUUUAUACGAAAACGAAUCUCGUGGUAACUUCAUCGAUAACAUCCCACCUAUUAAACGAGAACCGUCCGAUAGACGAGAAAGAUCUAAACCAAAAGCGAGAGAAAGAAGAGAUUCGUCGGAAGAUCCGCCGCCGACGAGAACAUUGCGAACAGCGCCGGGGCUUCGCGGAGUUGGAAAACAUUGGGAUAUGCAUGACACGAUGUCCUCUUCAAGUUCUGAAGAUAGUUACGAAAGCGCCAACGAAUCCGUAAUUGAAAAAAUGAAGGACGAACCGGUUUCGAAACCGGAGGAGAAGAAGGCGCCUGUUAAACGUCGGAAGAGGAACGAGGUUAUCAUGGAUCUGAAGGAUAUGGUCGUGAGGAAACGUAUGGCCAGUUUGAACGCAAGCGCUAUUUUAGCGGCUAGUUAUUCUUUAGAAAAAAAUUCUUCGAGGAGUCCCCUUAAUUCGAGCGAUUCAGACACUGAAUCGGACUCGUACAGCGACGAUUACGACAUCCCCAGAAGACCGGACGAAGACGCGAAAAAGGACAACAGCGAUAAGGUUAUCGAGGUUAGGGCCACGCCAUCGAACAAGAAGGUGGCCGUUAUUGUGAAUCAGGACACGGACGUCACCAUCACCGGGGUUUACGUGAAUAGCACUACGAGGUCAACACAUCAUGAAGGAUAUUGCAGCAUCGCCGGGAUGCAGUACAGGAUAUCGGCCACGAGCCAUACGCAGACGGCUGCCACCGCCGUUGCCACGGAAACUCUUCUGCAGUCCGCCUCGAGCAGCAGCCAGGAGAAUUCAAAUGGUGAAUCAACACCAAGUAAAUCUUACACCCCUUUGGAUGCAUUAUCGAAUAUGCAACCCCCCACGGGGGCAACUGGACAACAUUCAGUACCAAUAGGACACCAUCACUUGGGGCCACCGCAUAUUAGUCCCCAGUUGUCACCGUUACCGCGUCGCCACGGUUGUUCGAGCGCUUUCUCGGCCCCACCAGGACAUUAUCCAGCUACCGGACACCACCAUCACCACCCACAAACGCAACUCCACCCGGAACAGGGUUACGUGCACGGAUAUUAUCAACCGGCUGGACCGUUGAUAAACGUUCCGCACCAUGCCCACACGCAACCACAAUCGCUGGGCAAAACUGCUCCUCUAUCGGAACCAUCUCCAUCUAUUACACCACCACCGACGCAACAUCCACCCACCACUGGUUCUGCAGGAGAUUCCUCCGAUAAUGAUGUGAUAAUAACUUCGGUUAUAACAAAGGACAGUUCUCCGCCGCAACAGCAGCCAACAUAUCGUGUGGCGCAGUACCCGCCGCCCCCGACCCACUCCUACCCGUACGCAUAUCCGUAUUAUCCAGCCCCACCGCCCCCGCAUCCCGCGGCUACCUACACUCACCACGACCUCUGUUACCCUUCGGCCGCCGCGUACCUCCACAAGUACCCCUACAGAAGGUACAUGCCGCCCUCGACCAGCAGCCCUUAUUUCCCCGCCGGCCCCGCUGAUUUAUACGCCACCCCACCCCCGGUCCAGCAGACCGUCUCGUCGCAAUCCAGUCAACAGUUGCAGAAACUUCACCAUCAACACUUGUCUUGUAAUUUGUGUCCUCAGGUGGUGACGGCAUCGCAAUCGGCGGCCGUUGCAACUUCUGGAAGCAGCGGAGGAACAACGGGUUACCAACCACCCCCGAGUGGACCACCACCAGCACCGCCUACGAUACUAGAUACGUAUCCCCCACCGCCUACGCAACCUCCGCCAACGCUCGUCGAAUCUUAUCCGCCACCCCCGCAUUAUUAUCCAGGAUAUGCACCGCCGCCGCCGUGUUAUUCACACCCGCCCGCCAGAACGUUACCCUAUGGAGCUUAUCAAAGUUGUCCAUGCCCAAUGAACACCUGUCCAAAAAACGUCCAUACUGGACCUCUUAUUGGUAGUAGUAAGAGGUCAGAUAUCACGUCAUUAACCAAAGAUAAAGUGUUGCUUCCGGUCGCUUUGGCACUUCCUCUUGAACCAGCAAGUGCAACUGGACCUCCAAGUCCAGCUCGGGGCUCCGCAGGAAUGCCAGCACCAACAUCUCCAGCAGUAGCAGGUACUUACCAAGCACCUCCAACACCAAAACAAGAAGCUAUCGAGCCGGAAAGUAAAGUAUGCACAGAAAAGCGAAGAACAGCUCGAGUGGGGAAGAUGGCAGUUAGAAAUAACUUGCAACAAACGAGUACGAUGCUGUUGAUGUGCCAGGAAAGAGAUCAAAAUCAAAGUCUUCUUCUCGGGGAAGUUAAGCGGGAAGUAGAGAGUCCUAAAGAGGAUCCAAAGAAAGUGCUCAUAGAAGUAAUUGAGGCACCAAUAAAAGCUGUAAUAAAUUCUAAAGUUGAACCACCACAAUCGCCUUGCGAAAAUAUUGAAGAGUGCCCUAGAACGGAAAUAAAUCUUGGUCAUUGUGACGAAGUAAUCGAAGAAAUAACUCCUCAAUUAUCAAAAUCUGGAGAAAAACAAACCAAUGAGAACCCAGAAACAAUAAAAAUAGAAGAAAUGUUGCCGACAGUGCCCGAAAAAAAUUUAUUAGAACCUUGUGUUAAAACAGUAGCCGAAAACGUGAAAGUAAAAAAUAUGAAACGACGAUCCUCUAGUACCAAAACGGAUGAACCGCCGCAAUCGCCGCCGAAAAAACGAAAAAUCGACCCGAAAUUAAACGGAAGUUACAAAGACUUGAUCAAUAAAAACUAUAACACACUUCAAAUUAGCAACGGUAAAAGAAAACUUUUAGCCGCAAAUCAAGAAUCAUCCGAAACGAAUAAAUUAGAACCCAAACGAACCAGAAGCACAUCAAAAGAAAUCGACGCCAAGAAACACACCAAACUCGCAAAACAAUCGUCGAACGACGAUUCCGAAUUAAUAGAAAACACCGAACCCUCACCGAACCACCAACUCAAACGAAAAAAAUUUUGUUCGAGAAACUUAAAGAAUAUCAAAGGAAAUGGAACGGAAAAGAAUUAUCCGAAAAGCAACGUUGACCGGACCAUCGAUUGUGUUGUGAAUGAAUCGCGGACAAAAGUGUUAAGUGACACCCAAAGAACGAACGGUGAAAAAGUGACUAAUAACGGCGUUAAAGCGAAGUGCGAAAUUAAGAAGGAGCCUGUUAUGAGGAAGAAACUGGUGAAAACUAUUCCGAAACCUGCGGCGCCGGUUGAAGUUAAAAAACCGCCGAUUGUUGUUAAGAAAAAAAUUAAGCAGAAAGUACCGGAAGUUAUUGUUACUGCUGCCCCUAUUGUUAAACCAAGGAGAAGUCUUCCAGCACCUAAGUGGUCUAAUGGAUGGACUUGGAUGGGUGAACCAUAUGAAGGAAAAGUUUUUCUUAAUAGUGAUGAAGCUAACAUCUCAAGAAAAUGUUACCCAGCGAUGAGACACGAAGAAGGUGAUAUAAUAGAACCAAGAGAUUGUGUCUUAUUAAAAGCUGGACAAAAAAAGAACGACCUGCCUUUUGUUGCGAAAGUUGCCGCAUUAUGGGAAAAUCCUGAAGAUGGUGAAAUGAUGUUUAGUUUGUUAUGGUAUUAUCGACCAGAACAUACCGAUCAAGGAAGACUCCUUUCGGAUGAAAUCGAUGAAGUUUUCGCAUCGAGACACAAAGAUUCAAACAGCGUGGCUUGUAUUGAAGAUAAAUGUUACGUGUUAACAUUUAACGAAUACUGCAGGUAUCGCAAAAAUUUAAGAAGAUUAGAACAUGGUUUGGAGGAAAUACCAUCAACUAUUCCCACAAACGAGCCGUAUCCGAGAAUAAUACGGCAACCGCCGGCAAAUGUUGUCACAGCACCGGAUUUGGUAUUUUUCUGUCGUCGAGUUUACGAUUUUCGACAGAAAAGAAUCGUUAAAAAUCCGAGUUAAUUUUGUUUUACAAAAAUUCAAAGUGACAACAUUACCUAGUAGGUCUUUCAAAAAUUAAAAAAAUCACGGAAAAGCACACGUAUUAUUUGAUACUAAAAAAGUACAUAUUGUUACAAAAUAUUUAAAUAUAUAUAAAAGUGG